UCCGCGACACUGCUGCGUCGCGGCUGUCGCCCGGCUUUAUUACCCUCGGCAGGGAUUGAUGACAGGCUCUUCCCAGAGUGGGCUACACCCCUGUUUGUAGCUCGAAAAAAGUGGAGCGUUAAGAUGUCAAACCGACUGCCCAGGAUGAAACGAGGAGGAAGAGACAGUGACUAUAAUUCAUCAGAAGAAGGUACUGCAGAGAAAUCCAAGAAAUUGAGGACUACAAAUGAACAGUCUCAGACUUGUGACUGGGGUAAUCUCCUUCAGGACAUUAUCCUCCACAUAUUUAAGUAUCUGCCUCUUCUCGAUCGGGCUCAUGCUUCACAAGUUUGCCGAAACUGGAAUCAGGUAUUUCAUAUGCCUGAUUUAUGGAGAUGUUUUGAAUUUGAACUGAAUCAACCAGCUACAUCUUAUUUGAAAGCUACACAUCCAGAGCUGAUCAAACAGAUUAUUAAAAGACAUUCGAACCAUCUACAGUAUGUCAGCUUCAAGGUGGACAGCAGCAAAGAAUCAGCUGAAGCAGCUUGUGAUAUAUUAUCGCAGCUUGUGAAUUGCUCUUUAAAAACACUUGGACUUAUUUCAACUGCUCGGCCAAGUUUUAUGGAUUUACCAAAGUCUCACUUUAUCUCUGCACUGACAGUUGUGUUUGUAAACUCCAAGUCCUUGUCCUCGCUUAAGAUUGAUGAUACCCCAGUAGAUGAUCCAUCCCUCAAAGUACUAGUGGCCAACAAUAGUGACACGCUCAAGCUGCUAAAAAUGAGCAGCUGUCCUCACGUCUCUCCAGCAGGUAUCCUUUGUGUGGCUGAUCAGUGUCAUGGCUUACGUGAACUGGCCCUGAAUUACCACUUGUUGAGUGAUGAAUUGCUGCUUGCUUUAUCUUCUGAAAAACACGUUCGAUUAGAACAUUUGCGCAUUGACGUGGUCAGUGAGAAUCCUGGACAGACACACUUCCAUACUAUUCAGAAGAGCAGCUGGGAUGCUUUCAUCAGACAUUCACCCAAAGUGAACUUAGUGAUGUAUUUUUUUUUAUAUGAAGAGGAAUUUGAUCCAUUCUUUCGGUAUGAAAUACCUGCCACCCAUCUUUACUUUGGGAGAUCAGUAAGCAAAGAUGUACUUGGCCGUGUGGGAAUGACAUGCCCUAGACUAGUCGAACUGGUAGUGUGUGCUAAUGGAUUACGGCCACUUGAUGAAGAGUUAAUUCGCAUUGCAGAACGUUGCAAAAAUUUGUCAGCUAUUGGACUAGGGGAAUGCGAAGUCUCAUGUAGUGCCUUUGUUGAGUUUGUGAAAAUGUGUGGUGGCCGCCUGUCUCAAUUAUCCAUUAUGGAAGAAGUUUUAAUUCCUGACCAAAAGUAUAGCUUGGAGCAGAUUCAUUGGGAAGUGUCCAAGCAUCUUGGUAGGGUAUGGUUUCCAGACAUGAUGCCCACGUGGUAAAGACCAAAUGAUGGAGGCAUGAUGAAUAGCACCUUUAAGCAUAUUGUAUUAUAAUAAAAGUUUAUUUCCUGUAGUUCUAUUUUGUGGCACAGAAAUUUGAUAUCUGCAUUGAAUAUAUAGGAUUGUUUAUUGGAAGACCUAUGGGCCAGUUUUGGUCAGAAAACUUGAUCUGUUUCUUUAGCCUAAUAGCAAUCAAAUUGUAGAAAACUUAAAAAAGUUCAAAACUGAAAGUAAUAACCUAUUAUAAAGAUUAACGAUCUGAAGGAACAAAACCUAUGUAAUAUCCAAGUGAGUACUAAUAGGUUUUCCAAAAUGUUAUGUUGUCUGUGCAUUUUUUAAGAAUGUAAACGACAUUUUAGGGUCUUCAGUUAUACAUACACCUGUUAUAAGGUGUUUAAUAUAGCUCAGGAAAGUGAGCAUUUUGUGAGAAAAAUGUAGGAUAUUUCAUAUCUAAUGAAAAAGGUUGGUUUAAUGUUCUCAGAUGUUACAAAGCUAUUUAAUGAGGUAUAUAAAUAUAUGAGUAAUCAGAACACUUAGAAAACUGAUAUGUCACACAGUGGUUAUUGUAGAAGGAUAAUAAACAGCCAAGAUGAAAUCAAAAGAAAAUGAAUAGAGGGGAGGCAGUGUUUAACUUUGUAUAAACUUUUAAAUUUGCUCUAUAAUCUGCUAAACAAUAUAAAUUCUUUUCGGUGACAUGUUACUCUGUGGCACUUGAGGCAUCAUAUGUAAAGUAAGGAAUGCUUUACCAGUUCUCCUUGAUUUUGUUUCUUUAAGCUAGUUUUGAAAUAUUAUUCAAUAAUUGAGAUGAAAAGCUUAUCUAUUUAAAAAAGACAAAUUGAAAUAAUUAAAGGUAGAACUUUAAAAUAUUUAAAAAUUGUUUCCAUGAAAGAAUAUUCGUCUCCAGUGAAUUUUAAUGAUGGUUCAUUUUUCCAUUUUGGAAUUAAUGUAGUUAUGUGAGAAGGAUUUUCAAAAAUCAUAAAAGCACCAAUGUACAGUUCAGCAUAAGCAGUAAAUUUUUUAAAAGGAUAUAUUUAAGUUCAUAAUCACAUUUUUUAGUAAAUAUUGCUCGGAUUGAAAAAUUUUACUAGAAAAUGUCUGCAGUUUUGUGAUUGUUAAUUUGGUUAAACCAAUAUUUUAUAUUAAAUUAGGUAGCAUUUUUAUUACUUUCAUAUGAAAAAGGGUAAUCCAUACAUUGUAGAAUCUGUAAAAAUAUUAAGUUUGGGCUACAUUUAGUUUUUUUAGAUACUAUAUAAACUUUGAUUCUGAGCACUAGUGCUAGUCAGUAUUACCCUCCUAAGGGAAAUUCAAAGUGAUUUACCCCCAAUGGAAUAUGUUAAUGCUUCAAACUUUUAUAAAGCAUUUUAGUAGUUAUGGAAGCUUAUAGAUCUAAUCUAUUUUUAAAACAGCUUCCUUUCCUAAAAAUAAAGGUGACUUUCUACAUAAUUUAUGCUUUUUAAAAUUGAUGGUAUUCUGGCCAUCAGUUUUAAGAAUGAGAAGAAAAAAGGAUGAUCCAGAUUUGUAAGUUAUUAUACUAUUCCCCCCUUCUUAACUAUAGUAAAAAGCUUUGAUUGUACAAGAAAUUCCUGUGUUAGUGAAUGAAGCUUUUUUCCCUUGAACAAUUUUGGAAAAUGGAUUUGACAGUGCAUAAUCAGUUCUACUAACCAAAGCUUUAUUUGGAAAUUUACAUUUUGUACAAAUGGAAUUAUAUAAUGCUUAAAAUACUUUGUCACUUUAUAAGCAAAAUGUAUAGCACUUAAUUUGUUUAUACUGUAACCCAUGUGUUAAAUGCUUUUAUCAAUUUAAGAAUAAAGAUAGUUACUAAA